UGUGCAAUGAACUCAUGGAACGAUUCUCAAGAAGACUCUGGGAAACAGUUUUGCGCUGCCCUUUAAAUAGCAGCGCAAUGUCGUACGUUCGGCGUCACAAAGUGUAGUUGCUGCCUCCGUCUAACACCUAUAUCUAAUUCCAAGAUCUUUCUUCCCAUAUUGUCUAUCAUCAUGAGAGGAAUCGCCAUCAUCUUAUCUGCCUCAAUCCUGGCAGUGUUCAGCUCUUCACCAGAUCUUCCACAGACCUUCCAAAACUUAAAUUCAAGUCCAGCAAUGAGGGCCAAAGCGUUUUUUUACAUGCCUCAUGCUUUGCCAGAAACUCAAUUCUACCAUGGAUUACCAUUGACAAACUAUUACCCUUUUCCCUAUCCAUACGUUCACGUUGAACCGAAGUUAAUACUGAAUGAACCCGACGCUAGGAUUGAUGUCACCAAUUCUGGACCUACCGUUCCAUCCCACUUGAUAGAUCAGAACAUCAGCGAUGAAGAAGCAAUGAAGCAAUUAGAAGUUUUGAAAAAAAUUUACACUCAAAACAGCGAGAAUGGAAUUGUUCUACCCAGCAUAGUGCCGGCAUCUCGCGGCUUCGUUGCGCUUAAAGCCAGUGCUUUAAUCAAUUUUUUGAAUAGCUUUUCAUUGGCUACGUCGACCAAAACGAAAACGAAACUUUUUGUCUAUCCAACACUCGGUUGAAAUGUUUUUCUUGUAACCGAAUUCAUUCUCUACUUUUCAAGCUAGUUUUAGCAACAGCUUGCCUUUGUCCACAUACUCGGAUUCCACUUACUAUUUAUUUAUUUUUAACCUUGAUUACAACAAGCGCGCUGCUAACCUUGCUCGCAUGUUAAAUUCAAUUCAGAUAACAUUAUGUAUUAUCUUUUCAUCUGCGUAUAGUGAGUUUGACUUUAACAAAACCAAUGAACGGAUGGCCGCAUUUCUCUUCUGAAUAAAAUUUGACAGUUACAGAA